AUGGCCAUUGAAUCACAUACCUUUCAAAAGCAGCAACAACAAACACGUCCACGCGACGCUCGAAUCAUUGCUCUCAUCCUACAAUCUCUUGGCGUAGAAGACUAUGAUCCCAAAGUAGUCCAACAAUUAUUAGAAUUCGCUCAUCGAUAUACAACCGAUGUCUUUCAGGAUGCACUUGUCUAUGCUGAACAUGCCGCAAAGUCAGAUCUAGAUCUCGAUGACAUUCAACUAGCCAUCCAAGGCCGCGUCAAUCAUUCAUUCACCACACCUCCUCCCAAAGAAUUUCUCUUGGAACUUGCUCAAGAAAAGAACAAGGCACCUCUUCCUUUGAUUCCAGAAAAGUAUGGUAUUCGACUUCCUGCCGAGAAACACUGUUUGUCCGGUCUCAACUUCUCCAUCAUCCCAGACGUAUGUUAUCUAUUGAUUUGUUAA